AGCCACGCUGCUUGCCAGAGACAGACCAAACAACUUUUCCAGAGCUCCACAUCACAACGCGGAGAGUUUUCAGCGAGAGCACAUUUAGUUUUGAUUUAUCUGAACGGAAAUCGGAUUAUUCACACCUGGGCCGUUCCUGUUUGUAUAUAUAUAUUAGUUUAGCGCACUUUGUUUCCGUUUUGUUUUAAACUUUUGGAAAGUUGAAAUGAGGACUCUUUGCCUGGUGAUCCUCGUCGGAUUGGCGACUGGUUUCUUCACUGAAAAGAUCUUGGUCUCAUCCCAGCUCCCAGCAGACGACCUAUACUUGGAGGGGCGGACGUCAGGUGAUCUUCCGAUCGAUGAUGAAGAUGGUGAUGAUGGCUCAGGCUCCGGAUCUGGGGACUAUGUUUACAUCAGAGAAGAGGCAGAACUCCUGAAGUUUCUUAAUUUCUCCAAACCUCCAUUUGGGAGAGACACUAUGCCCGUUAAGCCAAUUCAGCCACAGCCAACAGCCGGGUCCCCGCACUUUGGACCAACCACUGCAGCUGAAAACCCAGAGCCCUUGACCACCGCAAGGGACUCUGCUCCAAAAGCACCAACUACUAGAGACAAUGAUGAGGAGGUGGUUGAUUUGGGACCAACUCUGAACAGGGCCACACAAGCUACCAGCACCAUGCCUCCUAGUUACACCAGCACCUUUGGUAACAGCGUUGAAAGUGACGUAGAGACAACGGAAAUAAGUGACUUUAACAUCCCCGAGACAGAUGUUCAAAAUGAGAUUCUGAUCAAAGAUGGACGAGGAGGCAGGAUUUAUGAGAUGGACUCACCCAAAGAAGUCACCUCUGAAAACAUGUGGGAGCGCACAGACGUUUUGGCUGCUAUUAUUGCGUGUGGUGUGGUUGGAUUCCUCUGUGCUGUCUUCUUGCUCCUCCUUCUCGCUUACCGCAUGAAGAAGAAAGAUGAAGGUAGCUACGAUUUGGGAGAGACCAAACUUACCAACACAGCAUACCACAAAGCACCCACCAAAGAGUUCUACGCCUGAACUGACGAACGGGUGUUUGUAAGGAGUUUGUAACAAAUCAGGACUCUCAGAUCUACUAGAACUGAAGAUGAUUUCUGUUGGUCUGAGGAUAAAAAUAACUCUACUGUGUGCCUUUUUUCAUCCAGCCCUUCAGUUUGGUCCUCUGAUCAUUCCAAACUGUUUUUGAAGAGGACAAAAGGGAAUAAAAUUUGCUUGUUUUUCUGCAUCCUCUCAUUUUCUUCCUCGGAGGGAGUACAACUUAAUGCCUCCUUUUUACUGAUACAGCACUACUAAUGACCUCAUCAAAAUUUUUCUUUUCGCAUUUCUUUUGUGAACCACAAGAGUUAGAUCCACUUUUGAGAGGCCAAAAAUAAAUGCUUGAUAAUUGAAUUGAUAAUUUGCCAAAUCGCCAUUAUGCAUUUCGACUGCUGUUAACUGUUACAGUGGCCAGUAGUAUUAUGAAUGAGCUAAAAUGAUCAUUUUUAUAAUUUAUCUGAGAUAUGCCUUUCAGCUGUUACGUUGCCUUGUUUUCUGCUCAUUAGGCAGUUGUAAGAUUUUCAUUGUAAGCAAAAUGUAUUUUAUUCAUAUUGCAUUUGCUGUCAAAAGUGGUGUAAAUCCUUUAGCUUUGCAGGUACAUGAGUAUUUGUCAUUUGACGAUAGUAGAAAUUUCUAAACUAUAAUAUUGCUUCACUGUUAUGGGAAACAUUUGAGUAGCUAUUAGCUGUUUUAUGUUGAGAGGUAAUUUGUACAAAAUAUAUUUAGAGAAAUUUUAGUAAAAAUUGUGCCGAGGUAGCCUUCAAAUAAUGUUACUAUUGCCAGGUUUAGCAUUCAAGCAGAGUGAAAUAUACAGUGCAGUAAGUUUUUCUGGGACGUGUCUGUAAAAGUGCACCAAAGUUAAUGACUAUAAUUUAGAAACUGUAGAAGUGAAGUGACCAAUGUUACUGAAGCCAAAGAGAAUUCCUUUCCUACUGUUACCUCUGUACUGUUGUGUGUGUGCGCGCAACAGUCACUUUGCCGAUAGCUUUAAGCUUUGUUACAUAUCGAGGAGGGUUGUUACCUGGUACAAACAUUCCCAUCUUAGACAUCCAUUCCAACAAAUGCUUUGUCUGCUGUAUUUGUUGUUAACUGCUUUUGUAUCCAGUUGCCUUUUUAUGAGGCAUGUCAGCAGUACAGCUGAUUCAUGUUUCAUUUAGUGAAUGGUUAUUAUUCUUGCAAAUCAAGAAAACUACCUAAAAUCAUCAGCUGGAAAUAAACAGAAAUAUCUAAUGAAAUGACUGUGAUUUAGUAAUUAGUCUGUCGUUUGUGCAACAAUCCAAAGUGCCUCAAUAACCAGUUGUGCUUUUUCAGUGUUACUGAUGAGCUUUUUGAGUUCAAUAAGAAUGAAUGGUCUACAGAUGUUUCUUUGUCAUUGGUACAGAGUGAUGUCCACAGAGUUAAGUGGUGGAGGAACUCAACAGGACACUCAAUACUGUACAUAAUCUUUGUAAUUGUAUACAGUAUGUUAAUGUUAUUGUGCUGUAAUUUAUGUGCUUUCACUAAUCCAGGUGUUAUCUCGUCUGAAAUGUACAGUAUUUAGACUUUUUGUGCAGUCCAAACUUAUUUAUAUUAAUGUCUUUGACAAGCCCUGAUUCAGUUCAUAUAGGCUAAAUGCAUUGUUAUUUGUAGAUCACAGCUUUUAUUUCAUCUUUUGAAUCAACUAAAGCUUUUCAACAUGGUAUAACAUUAAGACCAAUGAGCCAACCAUUGGGAUAAAGGGCUCCAAAUCACACUGUGUGACUGAACCAAUGUAUUUUCAUGGGGUUCACUACUGAAUAAAAGCUGUAUGUUCAAAAUAA